AUGGUGGCUGAGGUGACGGUUCUGAAGGACCUGCAGGGUGCCCUGGAGCAGCAGCGCAUGAGCUUGGAGGCUUUGCACCGCAGGCAGUCUGAGCUCAGCGAGGAGAAUGCUGCGCUUCGCGAAUGCCUCGAGUCACUCGGCAUCCUCUGCGGACAGGCAUUCCUGAGCCGCUUGCACCGGCGACGCUUAGAGCGAGUCCUGAGCCGGCACCCGAUGUCGCAGACGCAGGCGACACUCGAGGUGGGACUAGGAAGGCGAGCCGAAAGCCAGAAGGGAGACGCGACAGCGGCAGGCGGUCCUAAGAACGUCAGAGCUGGCAGUGACCGUGGCCAGCUACAGCGGGCCGGCUUUGUGGUAUCCUUGCUGAGCUAUGGCUUCUGGCCAGAUCUGCUCUGGAGAUUUGAAAGUCCAGGGCCGUUCCUUGUCCUGGAGGCCUUCGUUCUGCCAAUCGCGGGCAGCUACUCGAGGGAUAUGGGUAAGCACGCCCGAGCCUGGAGCUUAAAUCCUAUAUCUCUUCACCGCUUUACAGUUCCAAAGUUUUGA